GUAUCAGCCAGCAUCGUCUUCUCUGAGUCAGCACGUGUGUUCCUUAACCCGCCUCACCACUGUCCCCACCGCCCAAAAAUGUGUUCCGUUAUUACCAUUAUUUUGUAGCGCCUAACACCACAACCCCCUUAAUUAUGACAGCGGACAUGGAUACAGAAGACUCCAUCGUAUCUGUUAUCAUCAAGAGGCGCCUAACACCUCUUAUACAGGUUGAGGUAGAGCCAGUCGGGCGAUGGUUCCACAGUUAUGAAGCUCGGCGGCUGCGGGGUCACCUGAUCUCCUCUGCUGGGGAGAGUGAGGAGGAGAGCGAGGGAGAGGAAGGUCCUGAAGUAGAGAUUGAGGAUGAUAUUCAGUAUCUCAGAUCACUUAACCCAGCGGACUGGAAGGAUCAAGACCACUAUGCUGUGUUGGGUCUUAAGAAAUACCGCUACAAGGCAUCAGAUGAAGAUAUUAAGAGAGCUUACCGCAUGAUGGUCCUCCGGCACCACCCUGAUAAGAGAAGAGGAGCUGGGGAGGAAAUUCGGGACGACGACGAUUAUUUCACAUGUAUAACUAAAGCCUACGAGAUAUUGGGUGAUCCAGUGAAACGUCGCUCGUGGGAUUCUGUCGAUCCAGAAUUUGACGACGAAGUUCCCGCAGUAAAUGCCUACAAUAAAGCUAAUUUCUUUGAGGUGUUCACUCCUGUUUUGGAACGGAAUGCUCGGUGGUCGACGAGGAAACACGUCCCUAGUCUAGGCAAGCCAGAUGACCCUAAACAAAAAGUCGAUAGGUUUUAUGGGUUCUGGUACGACUUUGAAUCUUGGAGAGAGUUUUCAUAUUUAGACGAAGAAGAGAAAGAAAAAGGACAGGAUCGAGAGGAGCGUCGAUGGAUAGAGAAACAAAACAAAGUGGAACGAGCCCGGAGACGGAAAGAGGAGAUGGCUCGGCUGAGACGGCUGGUGGACAACACCUACGCCUGCGACUCAAGAAUUGCAAAGUUCAAAGAGGACGAGAAAGAGAGAAGAUUAGCACAUAAAAAAGCAAAGGCAGAAGCAAUCAGACAGAAGGUGGAAGAGGAGGAGAGGAUAAGACGAGAAGCAGAAGAAGCCGAGAGAAAAAAGAGGGAAGCUGAAGAAGCAGAGCAAAGAGCCAAGCAGGAGGUAGAGAAGAAGGAACGAGAGGCAUUGAAAAAGGCCUUCAAGAAGGAACGCAAGACUUUACGCUCUCUAUGCAAGGACAACAAUUAUUACACCAACAAUGAGAGUGACCGGGUACAGGUGAUGACUGAUGUAGAGCUGCUGUGUGAGGCCCUGGAACUUGUCAAAAUUGAAGAACUCAACAAGGAACUUUCUCAGGCGGGCAAGGAUCAAGCUAAAGGCAGGGGAGUGUUAAUGAAAGAGGUAACUGAAGUUCGUAAUCAAAUUAAACGUGAGAGAGAGGAGGUAGCAGCAGCAGCAUCACGCGGAGGUAGUGGAAGUGGCGGUGAAGGAUCGUUACACAAAACAUGGUGCCAGGAUGACCUCCAACUAUUAAUUAAGGCUGUGAACUUAUUCCCAGCUGGUACAACAAAACGGUGGGAUGUAGUAGCAGAAUACAUCAAUCAACACACAACUACAAAUAUUGUAAGGCAUGCCAAGGAGGUCCUCAGUAAAGCCAAAGAACUGCAGCACUCAGACCAGCACAUGCGUGAAGCUGCCAAUAAGAAUGCUUAUCACAGCAUGGAGAAGUCUCAGGCUAAACCAACAAUCAGUGAUGCAACAGCUUCACAAAGAUUUGACACACCACAAGAGAUGUUGGGCAUGAACACAAUGGCAUGGGGUGCAGAGGAGCAGCGUUUAUUGGAACAGGCUCUGAAAACCUACCCAGUCUCCACCCAGGAUCGUUGGGACCGUAUUGCCGAGUGUGUCCCGAACCGUACUAAGAAAGACUGCAUGAGACGUUAUAAGGAACUUGUGGAAAUGGUAAAAGCAAAGAAAGCUGCUCAGGCUGCUGCUGCGGCCAAGAAAUAAUGUUUGUAAAGUUGUUCAUGAACAAAAUAAAUUUACUGGGAAAUUACUGCAUAUGCGUUAUGCCGAUGUAACUAAUACUGUAUACUGUAUACAAAAUUUUUUUCUUCACAUUUGGAGUUUUGAGCAUUCUAUGAUGAGGAAAAAGAACCGAGGCUCCAUCACACAAAGUAUUCUCAACACUAUUGUUAUUUUAUAAUUCUUGAUUGUUCUUAUUGUUCCCUUGAUAAUACUUUAACGUGACCGGACAAAUUCCUCUAACGUACAUUUGUAUGAUUUAUAUUAAAAGUUAUUUUCUCGAGCGUA